GCAGGGCAUCCUCUACUGCAGACUGAAGACCAUUCGAUCAGUAAAGAUGGAGCCCUCACUGGAGUCCUCCUCUCCUUUCCUGCUACAGACUUUAUGGGACAAGAUAAGAGCACAAGAAGACUUUCUCCGCUCUCCCUUGUUCCCUGUCCUGUUCUCCAUGACACUCUAUCUGAGCUGCUGCCUGCCUUACCUGUGCCUGGACACCCUGUCCUCCAGAGUAGCCCUGGUGCACCGCUACAAGAUUCAGUCACAGAGCAGGGUGACCUGGGCAAUGGCAUGGAGCUGCUUGGCUACCUCCCUGCACACCCACGCUGUGUUCAUUUUCCCCCUCAGUGUUCUGCACUGGUACUGGAGACCAGUGGUCCUCCCUGCCCAAGCCCCUGGUUCUCUUCGUGUGGCCUGGGAUGUGUUAGCCUGUCUCCUUCUCUUUGACCUGCAGUACUUUGUGUGGCACGUGCUGCACCACAAGGUGCCCUGGCUCUACCGGACUUUCCAUAAGGUGCACCACCGCUACACAGCCACCUUCGCCCUGACCACAGAGCACUCUGGGAUCUGGGAGACCCUGAGUCUGGGCUUGUUUGCUGCAGUGAACCCUAACCUGCUGGGCUGCCACCCGCUCACCAAGAUGUUCUUCUUCACCCUGAACAUCUGGCUGUCUGUGGAGGACCACUCAGGUUAUGACCUGCCCUGGGCCCCUCACAGACUGGUACCCUUUGGGCUCUAUGGCGGAUCUCCGCACCACGACCUCCACCAUCUCAAGUUCAUGGUCAACUACGCACCCUACUUCACACACUGGGACAGGCUGUUCGGCUCGCUGCUGCAUACAGACAAACCAGACACGUUUGAUGUAGAUGUGUUGGAUACUUCAAAAAGAUGUGAUACAGCAUCAAGUGGUGUGACUGAUGUAAGCCACGCACCAGUGUAUGAGACUACACAAAGCUGUGUGAAAGACUAUGAGGUACAGUUCAGAGGAAAAUGAGGAGGACCUUUUCUCUGACUGUUAUUUGGAUUUUUAUGAAUAAUGACUAAAUUAUGUAUACAUUUAACUUAGAACGAAAACUAAACAGAAUAGUACUAUGUCACUGUAUGAAUGUAUGAAUCUUAUCUCUGUUUUUAAAAAUUGCAAAACUGUGAAGAAAAAAUGGAGAAUCAUGUGACCAAUGGACUAUUACUGUAGCUGCUUCAAUACAAUGAAUGUAUGUAUAUGUGUGUAUAUGAGUGUAUAUAUGGGUGAUUCUGCAACUUUGGGCACUUUGGCCGUGCAAACUUUCAGAAAGUAAAACUUAUUCAAACACCAUUUUACCAGUAUUGUACUUGCCUUUGAUUUGUCUAGAAACUAUAUCUGAUAAUGGCUACGAUCGUACUAUUCAGGAAUGUAUAUAUAUUUGUCCCUUUUCCCAGACAGCCAUAGACAAAUGUCAUUUCCAUCAUGUCAUUAAACAUCAAUUUUUGUUGAAAAUCAAAUAUCAUACAAUUGAUUUAUGACGGAGUUCUUAUACAUUUGUACAUGAACUUGUAUUGAAUAUUAUUUUAAGUGAUUUUUAAGGUUUUCCUAAUAUGAAUAAUUCAACACGAUGCCUGAAUGUAUAAACUUGCCUUGGUGACAGCUGAAAACAUUUACUUAUCAUGAAAAAUAAGAUAUUUCCACCCAACCUUUUUGUGAGAUUAUGAUAAUAACCGUAUGAUUUCCAUAUCUAAAACAAAUAAAGGUAUGUAAAUUAUACAUAAUAUACUAAUUUCCCUCAAAAAUAUGGGUUGUGAUGGAAAUGACAAGGUGUGAUGGAAAUGACUUCUAUGUAAAAAUAAAACAUGAAAACAAAGUGAACUGCCUGGAUUUCACUGGUGUAUUUACACAGGUACUGUAGUUCUCUGCAAAGUUAAUAUGCACAAUGAUCUCCUCUUUCUCCAGAUUCUCUAUUAAUUCUCUCAGUUUGGAGUAUUGGUGUCGAAUGUUGUACACGUGUUUCCCCAACUUCUCUUUCAAUCCGUUGGAGAAGUCCUCCAUUAGAAUCUGCAGUGUGCCACAUACCUUUUAUUUUACUGUCAAAUGUACAGUGAACUUCUCCAUGUUUCCCUCUUUGUUUUUCUUCUCUCUCUUCAGCUUUGUUUUUCCACUCAAACCACUAUGUCUGCUCACCAGCAUCAAAGUCAGAUAUUUUAAGCUCUUUGGCUUGGCAAAGGGAGCACUCUCUAUACAUGCACUCUUUCUUCAGGUUCUCACAGCACAAAGACUCACUAACUUUCUCAACGUUGCUGCAGCUGAUCACUUUGUGAUAUUGUAGUUUCUCCGCCAUGAACUGGAGGUUGGCGUGGGUUUUGCAGAGACAUGUAUCCCUAUCUUGUACUGCUGCCUUGACAACACCAAAAUGAUGUCUUUUGCAGAAUUCACAGUAGGAAAUUUGAAUUUCUGAAUAUUCCCUCUUAAACUUCUGAUAAAGGUUCUGAAUUGUGCCAUUCAAGAAGCACUUCUGCUUUUUCUUCUUGUUCCUCGUUAGUGUCCUUUUCCCUGUUGUCUCUGCUGUUGUCAUCACGUUCAUAGAAUCUUGUGAUGUUCUCCUGUGGCUGUGCUAAUUCGGUUACACAAAUUGUUCCUGGAGUAUUGAAGACUUGACGGCCUGUUUUCAUUGGCCCUCAUUUGCUUUGCUGAAAAGCUAAAUUCUCUGUUUGCGGCUUUGACCAGGCCAUUCUCAAGAUGUCUGAGCAUUUUUGAAGCCCCUUGUUUGUCCUUGGCACUGCAAUUUCUUUUAUACUUUUGUUUUAACUCUGCAAUGAUGGUAUUUUGAAACAAUACAAUCCUUUGUCUUUGGGGAAUCUUGUCUCUCCAUUUUGUUCAUCAGUCGAUCAUACCUUUUUUUGUAUUUCUCAGCUUUCCAUAAAGCAUGAUCAAGUUUGACAUUUGUCAUAAUAAGAUCUCUGUAUGCUCUGUAUGCACACUCACAAUAAAUAUUGAUAUAGAUUUUA